AUGCAGAGACUGAGCUCGGUAGUGAGAAAUAAGGAAAACACAUCAAACGUCGAGGAAAACACCUCAACAAGAUCCACGCCAAAUAAAGCACCAGAUAUUCGUUUAGAAAUCAACCAGGAUGUUUUAUUUCUUAUUUCUAGGUUAGUACAAGGAUUUACAAGUAAGCGCAGAAAUCAUGAGACAUCAAGUAAUUCUCAGGAUUUGCAAAUAGCCACACCAUACUUGUUUUCAUACGAUUUUGGCUUAAAUAAAAAUAUAAGAACGGCUACUGUUAAGGGCUCUUGUUUGGUCAAGCUAAAAUGCUUUGAAGGAUUGAAAAUUAACAAACUCAAAUUUGAAAAAAUCUCUGCAUUUGAAGUCGAUAGACUGGAGAACUUCAAUGUCACCCAUUUAGUUCUCAAGGAUACUAACAUAAAUAUUGGCAUUCUUAACAAGCUAAUUUGUACUCUUUCACCACUGUCUCUCGAUUUAAUAAACGUCCAGUUAGUAGACAAAAAACACUCUCGCUAUGAAAUUGAACUGUACUCCAUGAUUUUCAAGUCAAAAAUAUGUUGUUUGGGCAUUGAAAAUAGCUUUAUGCCAAUAGACUACUUUUUUAAAAUAGUCCACAAAAAGAGUAUGAAGAAGUUUUAUUAUAAAAAUCUUAAUUCAAUGGUGAAAUAUUGUGCUUUGGGUCGAUCGUUUUCAUAUUUUAUGGUUAGAGAGAUAGAUUUAUCUGGGGUCUUUGACCCUUCCUGGCUGUCCGUUGAGAUCCUAAGUACAGAUUACAACAGUGUAGUGCUCGAUAAUAUUCAGCAAAUUGGCUCAAGAAUCAAAUUUCAAUGGCUUGAAAAUUGCACAAUAAGCACUUCAAUGGUUAAAAAAUUUCCAAGACUUUCAUCAAUAUACUUUAGCAAGUGUAUAUUUGAAGGAAUAAGCUUUUAUGAACUGAUUAAUAGCCAGAAACAUACUUUGAAGUAUAUUUCCCUUGAUAAUACUGAUCUGCCAUUUGAUGGAGUACAAUAUAUUUCUCAGUGUAUCAAGGAAUGUAAGGUUGUAUUUAAUUCAAUUGCCAUAAAAGAAUAUACGGCAUUAUAG